CGCGAAACUCCUGGACCAAUGGGCGAGAUGUUGACCCGGGGCCGUUUAUCGCAAUCAUUCUCCAAUUCCGACCAAGACGCAUUUGAAAAUGCUGUGAUUCGCGUUGGCCCUGAAUUUCAAGUUGAUUUGCCCCCGUUCAAAGGAGAGCCUUCUCCACAUAUUCUGAGCCAGCCUGACCGAGGCGUCGCACUUUGGCACCCCAUACACGAAACUUUCAACAAAGAGUUGGAGAAGUUCCUCUCUGUGGCUAUAUCUGAGCACAGCUAUUCCGAAGAACAGGCGCUUGCUCUACUAACCUGGCACAAGGCUGAUUUCGAAAGGGCUCAGGCUGACCUACCCAAUUUCAGUCCCCUGAAAUACGAAUGGACCCCAUCAGAACGGAGGAUAUUUUUUAUCGCAUUAGACUAUUACAAUAAACAGUUUCAUAAGGUCAAAAAGCUGUUUCCCAAUCGUACAGUGAAUGAGUUGAUUCUCUUCUACUAUUUGAACAAGCGCAAUCAACAGACCCUUUACGAGAUGAGUCUACACGGACCAAAGUGGGCUGGGCUACAUCGGCGGGGUUAUCUGACUCCGGGACUCUUGGCUCACGCCACCGACAUCAGCCCAAUCAAACCGGAUCCGACCCAGAAACUUUCUCUCGGAUUAGAUCCAACCGAUCAAGUAGAUAUGGAAAUUCGUCGUUACCUGGAUUCACUCCACGGCAAACUUGGUCCUGAUGGGGACAGAGAGGAUGAUCAAGAAGCGCCACCUUCAUCGGUUCUAGAAAGUGGGGAUUCCGACGAAUCAAGUGUCCAAACGCCUGCAGGAAGCUCUCAGAAAGAUAAUGGAGGUGACGAUUUGGAAGAAGGAAAGUCCUCAAAGGCCUCACAAGUUGGUCGUAAACGACGUCGUCCACGUGGUCGACCACGUACCACCAAUGGCAAUCAUAGCAACAAUGACAGCAUUGGUUUACCUUUCCCGAAUUCUAUUACGGGCGUCUAUAACGCACUGGCUGGUCGCAUUUCCAUGCGAAAGCAUGCGCGCUUUGAGGAGCAGCUUGCUGCAGCUGCGACUAUGUCCGCACAAAACCCCGUCCAGUCAACCACACCGGUUGAUGUUUUUGAAGCAGUACGUCGAGGCUCUCGACGGGGCAUUAUACAUUCAUCAACUCCACCUGCUCCGAGAGCGAAACUUCCCGAUGGAGUGUACUACGUACACAAACAAUUUGUACAUUCCUGCCGUACUUCUGCCGCCAAACAUAAGGACGAACUUCGUCGACUAGAAGACCUGGCCCAAAGCCUAAGUGUUCGAGUGGACGAAAAUGUUCGUGUAAGACUUGGCGUGUCUUUCUGUGGCCUUCGCAACCACGCUUCCACCUGAUUCAUACCAGAACCCUCAACCCGCAUCACCAUCAUCAUUAAUGUGCAGUCAGUCAGUCAUCUGAAUCUAUAGCUGAUCUACUUUAAAAUACAUCGUAAAGCCUCCCGUGCAAAUAGUUUGCUAGAUGGGAUGUCGAACUUACGGCCGCCAGUUUUACCGAUGGACCCUAACUGGAGCCCUGUAGACAUCCAGCUGGCCAGCCAGGCCGUGAGCGAACUGGGACGAGACUACGUUGCCAUUGCGGAUCGCCUCGUCAACAAAACACCCAGCAUGGUAGCUACCCUGUUCGAAUUGUACAGUCAACAUUUGAAUCUCAACGAACUGGCGUCCAUGGCCCCCGUUGUCCUACUAUAGUUGGGGAUGUCAGUCCCUCGUAAUAUGGCAACGCAACAUGUCCCUUCAAAUGAUGAACCACAUAUCACGGGAUUUUCCUUCAUGUAACGUUUCUCCUAGCGGUUGCCCAUUAUGGAGCGCAGUGCUUUUCACUCACCCUAUCACGGUUAUGUAUUCUCCCCUAUGGUUAUCAGUCACUGUGUGUACAUAUUCAUUCAUUUUCUG